UGCUUAACAACCACCUCACUGUUGGGCACAUUUAUCUGUGUUGUUGUUCUGGGCAUCUUCAUCCAUCAUCACAGCACACCUAUAGUUCGUGCCAACAAUUCAGAACUCAGUUUUCUUCUCUUGGUGUCACUCAAACUGUGUUUCUUGUGUUCAUUGCUCUUCAUUGGACGACCCAGAUUAUGGACUUGCCAACUAAGACAUGCAGCAUUUGGCAUCAGCUUUGUGCUUUGUGUCUCAUGUAUCCUGGUGAAAACCAUGGUGGUUCUGGCUGUGUUCAGGGCCUCCAAACCAGGAGGUGAGUCCAGUCUGAAGUGGUUUGGUGCUAUGCAGCAGAGAGGGACAGUUCUGGUUCUGACUUCUGUUCAAGCAGCAAUCUGCACUGUCUGGCUUGUCUCUGCUUCACCAGUGCCUCAUAAAAACACCCAGUAUCACAGUGACAAGAUAGUUUAUGAGUGUGUAGUUGGGUCCACAGUUGGUUUUGCAGUUUUACUUGGUUAUAUUGGUUUACUGGCUGUCCUCAGUUGUUUGUUAGCUUUCCUAGCAAGGAAUCUUCCAGACAGUUUCAAUGAGGCCAAACUCAUCACUUUCAGCAUGUUGAUCUUCUGUGCAGUGUGGGUGGCCUUUGUCCCUGCUUACAUUAACUCACCAGGCAAAUAUGCAGAUGCAGUAGAGGUAUUUGCCAUCCUGGCCUCCAGUUUUGGCCUCUUGGUGGCGCUGUUUGGACCCAAAUGUUACAUGAUGCUGUUGAAACCAGAAAGAAACACAAAGAAAGCCAUCAUGGGUCGAAGCAACACAAAGUAA